CGUACUGGCAGCUACCUAGGGGAAUCAACACCAAAACACGCGGUGGUCUCAGGCGGUCUCUGCGCUUGCACUACGCCCUCGGCGCUGCAUAUGACCUUCAAGUUCCUGGUCUUCUGCUCUGCCACUAGUCCCCGCGCGAGAUGCCAACACUACCUACAACAAAUCACGACAACACCCGUCUCCAUCUCAACAGUCGAGGCCAGCCAAGUCGUGCUUUUCACCUCGACGUUAUUUGUGGCCGGCGGCGUCACGGCGCGGCAAGGCUUUGGCAAGGCCGCGCUACCUGCAGCUGCAUGUCGGUUGAUCAACGACGAGCGCUGUUCUGGCGCUUCUGCAAACUGCAUCUACAACACCGCCCAGCUUGAUAGGUGACAGCUGUGUCGCCAAGUUUCCUGCCUGUGAGGCGUCCGCUGAACAGAUCAUACACCGCGGGCAAACCAGGUUUUUCGGGCUCCGAAAAUGCUAAUAACAUCGGUCCUCCAUGGGAACCUUUUCGGAGAGCUUGAC